AUGGUCCAGCUCAAGACACUUUUGACUGUCCUUUGUCCCCUCCUCCUGUCCUCCGCCGUGGCUGCUGUCCCCACUGGCGAGAAUGCUGGACUAAAGAACCGCGACAGCUGUGCCUAUACCUGUGGCAGCACCUGCUACCGGGCCAGCGAUGUGAGCGACGCUCAGGAACAAGGAUACUCUCUGUACCAGUCUGGUGAAACUGUCCACAACUACCCGCACGUGUAUCACGAUUAUGAAGGGUUCGACUUCCCUGUUUCGGGCACCUACUACGAGUUCCCCAUUAUGAGCUCCUAUGAGGUGUACACCGGCGGUUCUCCUGGUGCAGACCGUGUGAUUUUCAAUGAAAACGAUGAAUUCGCUGGUAUGAUCACACAUACCGGGGCCAGUGGGGAUGACUUUGUGCAAUGCAGCUCUUAA